AUUACUCCACUGUCCAGUGAAGCAAUCUCCAUGUUGUCUCAGAAUGAAACCCUGCAAACCACAGAGGAAGUGGCUUUUCAGAUCAUUUUGGCUUCCCAGGUUGGGGUUGGGACUGUGGCCAACAUCCUUCUUUUUAUCCAUAAUUUCUCUCCAAUCUUGACUGACUCUCAACUGAGGCCCAUACAGAUACUUCUUAUGAACUUAGCUGUGGCUAAUGCCUUCAAACUCCUCCUUUUUGCGGAUCCAGAUAAUUUGCCUGAUUUUGGUCCAAGGAAGCUCCCAAGUGAGCGAGUGUGUAAAGUUGGAUACUUCUUUCACCUGUUGGCUCGAAGUACAAACAUGUGCUCCACCUGUGCUCUGAGCACCUACCAGUUUGUCACCCUGGUUCCUAGUAGGGGUAGGGCAAUGCUGAGACUAAGGACCUCCAGGGUCCUGGGUUAUUCUUGUUACAGUUGUUGGCUGUUCAGUGUUUCAUAUAAUGCUUACAUUCCAAUCAAAGUCAAUCGUCCACAAAGCACACACAAUAACAUUAAUUCUAAAAGAAAGUGGGCCUGUUCAACCUCUGGUUUCAGUGUAGCCAUGAGCUUCUUGCGUUUUGCUCAUGAUGCUGUGUUCAUCAGCAUCAUGGUCUGGACAAGUGUCUCCAUGGUGACUCUCCUGAAAAGACAUCACGAGAGACUACAGUACAUUCACACUGCCAACCAGGACCACAGAGGCUAUGGUGAGACAAGAGCAACCCAUACCAUCCUGAUGCUGGUGGUCACGUUUGUGAGCUUUUAUCUUCUAGACUGUACAUGCACUUCCUUUCACAUUUCUUUUGUGGACUCCCGUUUCUUGCUGAGACAUAUAGCUAAAGUUUUAUCUUCAAGCUUCCCCACCAUUUCUCCAUUACUGUUGAUCUUAAGGGAUCCUAAGGAUCCUUGUUCUGUGCUAUUCAGCUGCUGGAAAUCACACCCCAGGUGA